AUGGAAGAUAAGAAUUUCGCCAAUGGUAUUGACUUGGCUGAGCAUCAGAACACCGCUACAGCAGAAGAAAGCCAGGUUCCAGAUGAGGAGAGCGAGGAGAUGACCAACGGUGAUACCGUCAGCCAGGCAACCGCCCAUGAUCUCUCAAAAAUCAAGAAGCAUGCCACAAGGACCUGGAAGAUUGCUUUGUUGAUGGUGGUCAUGGGAGCCACUGCCAGUGGAAUCUUCCUUUAUUUUGGCAUAUCUGUUGCUCAAAACGAACAGAGAGAGAGCUUUGAACGGAGAGCUAGUGAUUUUUCCAAAGAGAUUGAUGGUGCCUGGGAUGACUAUGAGGCAGCAGCUCGUUCGACUCACUUAGAGUGCCGCAACUGGAGGACUGACAACUUGACCCAUCAGGACUUUGAAGCUCUCUACUACUACCUACUUGAAGGAGGCCUGAACUUCUACUCUAUCAAUUGGGUCCCAAACAUUACCCAUGCAGAGAGACCUCUAGUGGAAGAGAAAGAAGGGGCCUACUGGAAGAAUAAUGUUGAAGGUGCAGAAAACUAUGCUGGUUUCACAGGCCAAGAACCAGAUCCAGACCAUCCAGGUGAACUCAUCUAUGCCAAUAGGUCUGAACAAGAUUUCUACUUUCCGCUCUAUUUUGUGGAACCCAAGAGUGCUGCUGCUAGCAUCAUUCACUAUGAUCUUUUCAGUGCUCCCUGGGAAAGUCCUGCCAUUUCCCAAGCACUGGCGACCUACCAACCUGCCCUCACUGGUAGGUUCGUCCUUGCACAGCACACACCAGAGGAUGGCUACAGUACAUUGCUUUAUCACCCAGGCGUCAAACUCCCAAGUCACCUUGAACAAGAUCGUCACGACCUUGCCCUCAUCAUUAUGACGCUCAACCCCUUUCUCCAGCACGCAGCUCGCGUCCAACAGGAGCCAAUGGCGGUUUACCUCUAUGACAAGACUUUGGCAGAAAUGGAUGAAGAAGUUCCCUUCGAAUUCUUGGGUGGGGUGCAAGUGAAAUAUGGGAAUGAAGACCGGAGCAGGCGUCAAGUGACAAAUCUAAUGGAAACAGAGUAUGCUACUCUACAGGGCUCCUCUGACCUCUACUAUGAACGAGAUAUCCAUGCUGGAGGGAGGACCUGGGCAAUUGUGGUUAUCCCAGUUGAGGGUGAUACCUCCUACCAACCCGAUGUCAUCUUUCCCAUUCUCUGUGGUGCUAUGAUUUUUGCUGCCUCAUUGCUGCUGGCAUGGAUCUGGGUUAUGCACAACCGCAGCCGAACACAGCAAGUCAUGGAGAUUGUGGACAAGGCAGCUGUAGAGUCCAAGAUUGUGUCCAACCUGUACCCUUCUGCUGUCCGAGAAGACAUGAUUCGCCAGCAAAAAGAAUCAAGAGAAGCAGCCAACAAGGAAAAAGCAACAGCAAAAGCAUUCAAUGAUGAAUUUUUGUUGCAGGAUGGCAAGCACUUUACUAUGCUUGAUCACUCUGACCAUGGUGACAAAACUAUUGAAGGAAUCUACAAGACCAAGCCAAUCGCCCACCAUUAUGAGGCAUCUACAAUCAUGUUUGCUGAUUUGGCCGGUUUCACUUCUUGGAGCUCAAGUAGAUCGCCAGAAGAUGUGUUUACUCUCCUUGAGACUCUGUAUGGUGCUUUUGAUGAAAUAGCCAGACGGCGUAGAGUGUUCAAGGUGGAAACAAUUGGUGACUGUUAUGUGGCGGUCGCAGGCGUUCCUAAGCCAAGAGAAGAUCAUGCUGUGGUCAUGUGCAGGUUCGCCAAUGAUUGUCUCCACAAAAUGCAAAAACUCACCAAAGUUCUUGCAGAAGGAUCACUUGGCUCUGAUACCUCCAGUCUCUCAUUUCGUGUUGGUCUACACAGUGGCCCGGUAACUGCAGGUGUUCUACGUGGUGACAAAGGACGCUUCCAGUUGUUUGGGGACACAAUGAAUACUGCAUCACGCAUGGAGUCAACAGGGGUCAAGAACAAGAUUCAGGUUUCCCAGGAGGCUGCAGAUAUCCUUGUGGCAAAGGGUUAUCAAAAGUGGCUUACACCACGGGAAGACCCGGUUCAUGCAAAGGGGAAGGGCACACUGCAAACCUAUUUUGUAACCAUUGCGAGUGAUUCAACAGCAUCUGCGCAAAGUUCUAAUGGAUUAAGUGGCAAUGGGACGUUUGAGCUUCCUCUGGCUCCUGCAAUUGCCAGCGAAGAUACCAACACGAACAGCAUCGCUCAACGAGAGCAAGGAGAAGUUGCCAGUGAAAUUUCCAGAGAAUGCAGCACCUAUCAAGGAGAGCAAAGAGGGGCUGAUGUUUUUGAAGAUGAGAAUUCUGUGAUUGACAUCGUUUAUGUUUGA